AUGCACCAUCCAGAGGAAUAUACCCCUCACAAAGUCUCCUCCUACCCCCCAUUGAGCUCCCAGCAGAUCUCCACAGGUUUCUCGUGGACAGCACCCAGCCAUACACCGCCACAGAACUUUGUAUGCGUCGAGAAGGACGUUACCCCAGGGCCAUCGCAAAGCGGAUUGAUGGUGCUGUUGCAGACGCUCAUGCCCAGCAACAACGAGAAAUGGACAGGAUCUACGAUGAGCUAUUUAAAAGUCGAGCCGUCUGGGAUGACUGAAAUUCCAGACUCACAUUUCGCGGCUACUCUGCCAGCCAGCACCACCGUGAACCCAAGACCAAGACCAUACAAAGAAGGACGGGUACCUUUGACAUCUGCUCAGCGCCCACAUUGCUUGGCGUGGGACCGAUUGUGGUUGUGGCUACCAUUGAACCGUCGGACAACCAGAGAUAGGAAUGGUUUUGAGGUACCCGUCACCGAUGAUGACUUGGACCGGGUCUUGGCAGUGAUCACAGUCUCUUGGGCGCAAUCCACGCGGGAAUCAUAUGGCGCCGGACUGCUCAUUUUCCACAUCUUCUGUGACAAUCGAGGUAUCACUGAGGACCAGCGGUGCCCGGCCAGUUCAAUACUAAUGCUCACCUUCCUAUCAUGCUGCGCCGGAUCCUAUUCAGGCAAGACACUGGCCAACUACUUCUACACAAUCCGCGCAUGGCAUACCCUACACGGACAGCAUUGGAAGAUGCCCCAGGCAGAGAUGAAGGCGGCGCUCGACGGGGCAGCAGUCCUGGCGCCACCGUCGUCGAAACGGGAGAAGCGAAUCCCAUUUACAGUCGAAUUCAUCAUCCUUAUUCGAAGUGUACUGGAUCUCUCCCUCCCGCUGGAUGCUGCCGUAUAUGCAUGCCUAACAACAACAUUUUUCUGUGCAGCACGGGUAGGAGAAUUUACACUACCUAAUCUGAAAGCAUUCGACAAGACAAUUCAUGUCAAGCAUUCGGAUAUGCGAGAAGGGGAGGAUCGGCAUGGCUAUCGGGUGACAGUAUUUCGGUUACCACGCACCAAGACAUCCUUCGAGGGCAAGGACGUGUACUGGGCAGAACAGCAAGGACUUGCAGAUCCGAAAGCCGCAAUGGUGAACCAUCUCACCAUCAACCGUGCUGCCCAGGAUGCAUCGUUAUUCACAUGGCGUCACCCGCAAGGAGCGCGACCGCUAACGAGAAGUGAGUUCUUGAAGCUGCUCGACGCGGCCGCAGCAGUUCUCGGGAUAACAGACUCUCUGAAAGGGCACGGCAUUCACAUCGGAGCCGUCCUUGAGUACCUGUUGCAGGGCAUACCCUUCGAGGUUGUGAAGUCGAUAGGGAGGUGGAGUAGCGAGGCUUUCCGGGUCUAUCUGCGUCAACAUGCAGUGGUCAUGGCACUGUACAUGCAGAGCAGCCCCAUCCUGGAACCAUUCACACACUAUACAAUGCCGCCUCCUCGAUAA